AUGGCGACGACCUUGCCAGCCACGUCGGCACCCGCCAUGGGCGUCACGACGACGCCGACCCCGACGCCGACCCCGACCCCGACUCCCGCCUCCGCCCCCCCUGCUCACGCGGCGGACGCGAGAGAUGCCUCACAGGCGUCUGCCCCGGCCGAGAUGCCCGUGCGCACCAAGGAGUCGUUCAACCGGCUCAUGGUCGAGCGCUACACCAUGCGCGACUCGGUUGCCGCCGCGGCCCUGGGCGAGCAGCUCAACCAGACGCGCAAGUCGUCGCAGGAGAUACGCGACCGCAUCCGCGAAUACAGCAUGAUCCGCAACGAGUACAAGCCUUGGUUCCCCCCCCGCAGGCUCUACGGCGAGGGCUACAAGGGCUACGGCAACGGCUUCACGGAGAACCACCAGCCAAUCUCCCGCAUCAUCUACCCUUCGCAGAAGCCGCGGCCCGGCCGACGGACGACACCGGCCUUCAAGGCCGCCCGCAAGGACCUGCUCAAGCAGGCAGAGCAGCACGAGGAGCUGGUGCCGGUGAGGCUCGAAGUCGAGUGGGACAAGGUCAAGCUCCGCGACACCUUCACCUGGAACCUGCACGAGCGGCUCCUGGCCGUCGAGCUCUUCGCCGCCCAGCUCGUCGAAGACAUGGGCCUGAAGCAGCCCCACGCCCAGCCCGUUUUCGAGCAGGUCGUCCACCAGAUGCGGGAGCAGCUCAACGACUUCUACCCCUUUGCCUUUUCGGAAGAGGACGCGCUGGACCCCGAGCUCCCGUACUCGGCCUACAAGAACGACGAGAUGCGCAUCCUGGUCAAGCUCAACAUCACCAUCGGCCAGCACACCCUGGUCGACCAGUUUGAGUGGGAGAUCAACAACCCCAACAACUCCCCGGAAGAGUUCGCCUGCAGCAUGGCCCGGGACCUGUCCCUGUCCGGCGAGUUCACCACCGCCAUCGCCCACUGCAUACGGGAGCAGGCGCAGCUCUUCACCAAGAGCCUGUACAGCGUGGGGCACCCCUUCGACGGGCGGCCGGUCGAGGACUCGGACCUGGUCUCGGCCUUUUUGCAGACCCCCCUCACCUCGGUCUUCCGGCCGCAGCAGCAGGCCAAGGAGUACGCGCCUUACAUGUACGAGCUCAGCGAGGCGGACCUGGAGCGCAACGAAAUGGUCUUUUCCCGCGAUCAGCGACGCCAGAAGCGUUCAAUCAACAGAAGAGGCGGUCCCCAACUCCCGGACCUGAAGGAGCGCCAGCGGACCAUCCGCACCCUCAUCGUCUCCUCCGUCCUGCCCGGCGCCUCCGAGCACGUCGAGGACAGCCGGCUGUACAAACGCGCGGUCGGCGCCAACCGCAAGAGGACCCAUCGCGACGGCGAACUGUCCGAGUCGGACGAGAGCGACGAGUCGGCUCCGGAUUCGCCCGCGCCCUCGCAGCUGGUCGGGACGGCUCGCACGAGGGGCAUGCGAGGAGCAGCGUCUGCCGCUCAGCAGAGAAUGGUCAACCUGGGACGCUCGGAAACCCCCGAGACCGGCUCUCUGCACCAUCACGAGACGCGCAUGUCGCGCCGCGGCAGGGAGGAGACGGAAGAGCCUAGCCACCUGUGGGUGACGCUCAAGGUGAACAGGGACAAGCUCAGAAGACUCAUCAAGGGCGACUAUCGCGACGUGAAAGCGCUGUCCCAGCCUCAAACACCCAUCGUGGCCCACGUCGGAGCACCUGGCAUCUCCAGCGCACCGAGACCCAAAGCAUCAUUCCCUCCCACGCCAUCAGCUCCCCAGCCGCUCGCAGCAUCCGGGCCCUCGGCAGCAGGGGGCGCUUCCGGUUCCCUCCCGGCUGGCCAACUCGGUCGUCUGCCUGCUCCCCCGCCCGUGCCAGGGCAAUCAACUCCUCCCAGCCCUCCCCCGCCCGAGUGGUUGGUGAAGGCGCUCAAAGACCUCGAGAAGCAGUAUCCCAACGGAGACAAGUUUGAAGCCGUAAUGAAGUACUCACACCUCGACCCCGUUACGGAACUGCCCAUCCAGUCACAGUCAUCGCAAGAAGGAGUCAAGUACGCCUGGUUACCACGCAUUCGCUGUCUAGAUUGCACAGCCAAGCUGUACACCCCUGGUCCAGACAUGACGGCUGGCAAGUUCGAAGCCCAUCUCAAGUUUUCCGGCCAUCGAGAAAAGGUUCGGUUCAGGCUGGCUUCUCAAGGCGGUGGCGCAACAGGGCCGUAA